ACGACCACAUCUUCUUCGCCUCAGUGAUCCCCUCCGCUUUGUCGCUUUCCCACCGCCCCAAAACCUCCAACUCCAGCCGGCGACGAGCCUUAUCCCGCACCAUAAAUAUACCGGACUCCCGAGCCCCUCCCAUUCCCCUCCCGUUGACCCAAGCCUCGCCGCUCCCUCUCCGCCUCCGCUCUCCUCUCGCGCUUAUCGUUGACUAAACCAGGGUUGACAAGAUCGAAUCUACCAGCAGCUGCUUCGUUAUGGAUACCGGCUGCUUAUCAUCUAUGAACAUAACUGGAGCUGCGCAAGUGCGGUCCUUUGUGGGGCAACUUCAUACACAGAGGUGCUUCACAAGCAGCAGUGUCCAGCCGCUGAAAAGUAGUUCCCCAACGAGCGCUGGUUUGGCGUCUCUUGGCUCAAGGAAUAGAGGGAAAAAAUCGCGCCGUGGGCUUGCUGCUCUGCAGGUUGUUUCCCAGGAUUUACCAAGACCUCCACUGGAAAACACAAUUAACUAUCUGGAAGCGGGGCAGCUUUCUUCAUCUUUUAGAAGCAGUGAACGCCCCAGUAAACCAUUACAGAUCGUGAUUGCUGGUGCAGGAUUGGCUGGACUAUCAACUGCAAAGUAUCUAGCAGAUGCUGGCCAUAAACCCAUAUUACUUGAGGCCAGAGAUGUUUUGGGUGGAAAGUUAGCUGCUUGGAAGGAUGAAGAUGGUGAUUGGUAUGAGACUGGUCUUCAUAUUUUCUUUGGAGCUUAUCCCAACGUACAGAAUUUGUUUGGUGAGCUUGGUAUUAAUGAUCGCUUGCAAUGGAAGGAACACUCUAUGAUAUUUGCCAUGCCAAACAAGCCAGGAGAAUACAGCCGUUUUGAUUUCCCAGAGGUUUUGCCAGCGCCUUUAAACGGAAUAUGGGCCAUACUGAAGAACAAUGAAAUGCUUACUUGGCCGGAGAAGGUGAAGUUCGCUAUUGGACUUCUUCCAGCAAUGCUUGGUGGCCAAGCUUAUGUUGAAGCUCAAGAUGGCUUAACUGUUUCAGAGUGGAUGGAAAAGCAGGGUGUUCCUGAUCGAGUCAACGAUGAGGUUUUUAUUGCAAUGUCCAAGGCACUCAAUUUCAUAAACCCUGAUGAGUUAUCCAUGCAGUGCAUUCUUAUUGCUCUAAACCGUUUUCUCCAGGAGAAGCAUGGCUCAAAAAUGGCAUUCUUGGAUGGUAAUCCACCUGAAAGGCUAUGUAUGCCUAUUGUCAACCACAUUCAGUCUUUGGGUGGUGAGGUCCGCCUGAACUCUCGUAUUAAAAAAAUUGAACUGAACCCUGACGGGACUGUGAAGCACUUUGCAUUGAGUGAUGGGACUCAAAUAACUGGAGAUGCUUAUGUUUGUGCUGCACCAGUUGAUAUCUUCAAGCUUCUUGUACCGGAACAGUGGAGAGAGAUCUCUUAUUUCAAGAGGCUGGAUAAGUUGGUGGGAGUUCCUGUCAUCAAUGUUCAUAUAUGGUUUGACAGAAAACUGAAAAACACAUACGACCACCUUCUUUUCAGCAGGAGUCCCCUUUUAAGCGUCUAUGCAGACAUGUCAGUAGCUUGCAAGGAGUACUAUGAUCCAGACCGUUCAAUGCUGGAGUUGGUCUUUGCUCCAGCAGAGGAAUGGAUUGGACGUAGCGACGCUGAAAUCAUCGAAGCAACCAUGCAAGAGCUAGCCAAGUUAUUUCCUGAUGAAAUUGCUGCUGAUCAGAGUAAAGCAAAAAUUCGUAAAUACCAUGUUGUGAAGACGCCGAGAUCUGUUUACAAGACCAUCCCAGAUUGUGAGCCUUGCCGACCUCUGCAACGAUCACCGAUCGAAGGGUUCUAUCUGGCUGGCGAUUACACGAAGCAGAAAUAUUUGGCUUCCAUGGAGGGUGCAGUUUUAUCCGGGAAGCUCUGUGCCCAGUCCAUAGUCCAGGAUUCUAAAUUGUUGUCCCGUAGGAGCCAGGAAAGUCUGAAGACAAAAUCCGAAGUUCCCGUCGCUUCCUAGGUGUAUUUAGUUAGCACACAAUUCAUUCUUAGCACAUUCUGUGGUAUUUUCACACUGUUGUAGAGUUGAACAGGUGAUUGAGCUGAUAUCCAUAUUGUGAAAAAGGAAAUCUGUAAAACGAGAAGCUGCAUAAAAGCAGCUCUGAUCCAUAUAGCAAUUCUUACGUUAGACCUUUCCGGAAGGCAAAAGUGAUAAAAAAGGGAUCUUAGAUAUUA